GUGAAUGCAAUGCACAACACAUACAACACAUAACCCACUGAUAGCUGACAAUCAGCUGUAAUCGUAAAACAGUUUUCAAGCGCUAAUCGUUAGCGAAAUGAAUUCAAUUCAAUGAUACACUGAAUGAGAUGUGAAUUGACUGUUGGAUGAGCCAUAGGUUUGCAUCAAUUGACUGGUAUUAUAUGCUUGGAGACAGUGAUGGACACCGAGAGCCACCACAACCACCCGACCCCUCACCAGACUCAGGGCCCACUCGUGCACAACAACCACAAGACCGCAGACUCGCAGACCAAUCACCCGAAGAACACAGUCCUCCACCCGUUCGACCAUCAGGUGGGCGGACACACGCAGCUCAUGCUUCUCGACAAGAGUACACUCUGUAAACCAUUAGUUCAAAGGGAACUCUCGUUUUAUCUCAACAUUCCUCACGAGUUAAAAGGAUUUGUUCCCAAAUAUAAAGGAGUGGUUGAAGUGCACCAAACAGACGGCUGUCCAAUACUAUACCAUCCAAUCAAAGGUUCCCAAUUGGUUGAGACCAUUACCGCCGAUGACAUGAACGACGAGUCGGAAACACACGCACAACCAGAGCUCAAAGUUCAGAUCUGCAGUUGUAAUGAUCGACGACUACUGCAAAAAGACUUGCAUCAGACUCAAGGACGCCCACAAGACAGCCAACAGAGCUAUAGCUCCCGUCCCAGUCAGAGAUAUUUCAUGCUUCUGGAGAACAUCACAUCCCACUACCACUUGCCCUGUAUAUUGGACCUCAAGAUGGGAACCCGACAGCACGGGGACGACGCCACCGACGAGAAAAGGCACAGACAAAUGGCCAAAUGCGCCGCCAGUACUUCGGCCAGUCUUGGGUUUCGGUUGUGCGGAAUGCAGGUCUAUCAGCAGAGUCUCGACUCAUACCAGUUAUAUCAAGUGGACAAAUAUUACGGCAGGAAAAUCAAUACCGAAACCGGUCUUAAAAGGGAACUGGAGGUCUACUUCAAGGGUCGAACGCAUCUGAUCUCAAGCACAAUAAAAAGGCUGAAAGAGUUGCGAUCAAUAGUAGAUGACUUGCGAUCGACUCUCCGAUUCUUCUCCACUUCGCUGCUGAUUGUGAGCGAAGGCUGUGUCGGCCGCCGCAGUACUUCUGUGGCCCGAAAGAGGCCUAACUUGAGUAGCGGUGAAGACGACGACUCGUCAAUGGAUAGUAUGGACAGUAGUGUCGAACUGAAGUGUCCGUCGAAGUCGUCGGCGGCCAAAGAGCAGCGCAACCGACGCCUUGCGUACGUCUGUCCGAGCGAUCACUCGAGACAAGUGUCGAACCAGAAGAUUGACAUAAGAAUGAUAGACUUCGCUCACACCUCAUUCUCGAGCCAGUCGUCCACCGAUGGCUUCAUCGUCGGAUUGGAUAACUUGAUUCGACUGCUUAACCAAAUACGAGAGCCCGACCUCAGGAGCUGCGAAGAGGCCACCGAAGACAGCGACGACGGCGCCGACAUUGCCAUGUCUUAAGCCUGAAGGUGAUCGCAUUACUCGCAAUCAAAUUAAGUACAAAACUAUUUGAUUGAUUAUUUUGACAAAUAUUUGAAAAUAUACUAAAACCCGUUCACACAAAC